AUGUCAGCUCCUGACAUAAUGAAUAGUGUGUUGGUGACAGUGGUGUGUGUCUGUUUGUGUUUACAAACUGUGCUGUGUCAAUACCAGGACACUUGCACCACAUUGGAAGGUGGCAUCGGAACAUGUACGCCAGCAGUCUCAUGCGCUGCGUAUUUCGAUCUUCAGCGACAAGCCAAAAGACUCGAUACUUCUUUCCAGCUUAGAGAUACGCAAUGUAAAUCAAAUGAAUAUGAUGUCAUGAUCUGCUGCCCAAAUGAGAGACAAAGAGAAACGACGCUACCAUUUUGGGACUUUGACAGCGAAUAUAAUUGUGGAGAAGACCAAAGAAAUGCUGAACUUGUGUUUACAGAGGAAACGUGCACCACAAUUGAAGGUGGUAUUGGCAAAUGUGAGUCGCUAGCAGCCUGCGAACCUUACUCUGAUCUGACGAGACAAGCCAAACACGUUCCCUUGACUAUUCAACUGAGAGAUGCUCAGUGCGGUUCACACGGAAACGAACAAAAGGUCUGCUGCCCUACUUCAGUGUCGUCUUCAUCAACAACUGAGCAAGCUUCUUUCAGAGUAAUAGCUGAGUCAGAUUAUAUAACGGACCUUCCUGAACCACCAGAAUGUGGACUCGGCUUAAGUUUUUUCGUCAGAGUUGUAGGAGGUGCUAAGGCCGCGUUGGGUUACUUUCCCUGGAUGGCACUUCUUGGUACCAAACAAGAAAACUGGGACACGGCGCGUUGGAUAUGUGGGGGAAGUCUGAUCUCCCACCACCACGUCCUGACCGCUGCUCACUGUAUAAAGAAUGAAUUGAACGUGGUUCGACUCGGUGAGCUAGACUUCGGACGAGACAACGAUAGCGCUUCUCCCAUAGACUUAUCCAUUAAAAGAAAAAUCAAACAUGAAAACUUCGACUACAGUUCCUUUACUAAUGACAUCGGCCUUUUAAUAUUGGAAAAGGACGUGGAAUUCUCUGAAACAUUUUCAGAACUCAUCCGACCGAUCUGUCUACCGAGGACUGGAGAUGUGAACUGGAAAUCUCUCGUAGGCUUCAACCAGUUUCUCGCUGGCUGGGGAAACAUCGACAACCGUGGUGCUUCUUCAUCUCACCUGCGAUAUGUGGAACUGCCUGUUGUGAACAACUCGGUUUGCGAGAAAGCUUAUGAGUCGCGGGUCAUAGAUGAGAGAGUAAUGUGUGUUGGCUCCUACCUGAAAGACUCCUGCUCCGGCGACAGCGGUGGACCACUCAUGGACACUAUAAGAAACAGUACAACUUUUCGUCUUCAUUUCUAUCAGACCGCCGUCGUGUCGUAUGGUUACACUAAAUGCGGUGAAGAAAAUUUUCCAGGAGUGUACAGUUCACUGGAGUAUUUCCUGCCCUGGAUAAAGGAACGUGUUCUGGGAUUUGUUGAAUAA